UCGUCCGUGGGCGGGAACGGAAGACGGAAGUGAAAAGACCUCACGGUGUAAAUUUGUUAGGGCUCCUGCAACGCUCAGUUUUUAAGUGACAGUCGUAUUAAUUAUCGGUCUUGUAAUGGGUUUUACCGGUAUGUAUAUGUCUUUUUAAUUAUUAAUGUGCGAGUUUCUUUUUAGAACCACAUUACGACUUUUUUACUUCCCAUGUACUUUGUGUUACCGUAAGGGAAAUGCAGCUAAGCUUUUCAGCAAAGGGACGUACGUAUUUCCCCAAUUAGGAUGGUGCAUUUACGACACGCAGAUUUCAUGGUGAAAAUAUGGAUUUAAAAUCAUGGAAAUGAUCUGCUACAUACACGUAGUGGCUCAUUUUAUACUGAUGAUCCUCAAUCUCGCCGGUGCGUUUGACGUACCGCCGCCUCGGGAUGUAAAAGUAGUACAAUCUGAACUACAGUGGCUGUCUCCCAGUAGUGACGACAAUGUCAUGUACACAGUGCAGUAUAAACGUGGCUCCGAACCAGUGGAUGACUGGCACAAUGUAACUAGCCACAAUGGAACAAAAUUUGCAAUAACUAAAGAAGUUUAUGGAGCAAUAUUCCGAGUGCGUGCAGAGAAAGAAGGCCAUGCAUCUGAAUGGCAAAUUUCAAAUCCGGUCCAGUGUGUACAUCUUAACGUCUGCAUUCCUUUGAUGACUGUGAAUGUGAAACCAGGAAAGACGUACCUGUCUAUGUCACAUAUGGACAAGAGCUUUGAAAAGGAAUAUGGAGUUAAUAUCGCAUUUAAUAUAUCAUCUUGGAAAGUAGUUACUGGAGUUUACUCGGAGGUACAGUUUAAUGUUACAAAUAAUAAGAAUGAAGUCAUUCUUAAUCUGGAAUCAGGGCAGAUGUACUGUUUCCAGGUUCAGUAUUCAUUUUACAAUAAGCCGUAUGGAAAUACCAGCGAACAACAGUGUGUUAUCAUACCAGAAACACCUGAGGAGGCGAAGAGGCGUACCUUUCUCACCACUAUACUUACUACAUUUUGUAUUUUAACCCUGUGUGGUUGUUGCAUUUUUUUACUUUUCAAGAACCACAAAAAGUAUAAACAGCUCUUAAGACCCCCUGUGGAGUUUCCCGGACACCUUCGAGAGUUUUUGUCUCAGGAGUUUUCUCAGCAACCAUCUCCAAGUCCCAGCUUUCAAAGUUUAUGGUCUUGUGAUGUUAUCACAUUAAUAGACAAUGUCAGUACGGAGGAGAAUGGAAAAGAGAGAAUAUCUUGAUUCUGGUUAUAGAGAUUGUGAUUGUUAUUGUGUUUUUACACUCUUUAAUGUUUUCUAUUGAUCGAUGAACAUCCUUUUGCAUGUCACUAACCAGCUCACUAAUUCAGAUCUGUGCUUCAAAGGCUUAUUACUUAAUACUGGUUUUGAAUGCAAAAAAAUGAUCUUUUCACUUGAGCAUUAAGUUAAUAUUCCUGUAAUUUUGGUUUGUCUAAUUUGAUUAGAUUACACUGCAAUGUUUGAAGGUUAUUGUACUUUAACACUAAAGAUGACAAUUAGCAUUCAGUUUUAAGAGCUGUAAAUCACAUUUGGCAGUUAAUCUUCAUAAGCACAAUCUGUAGUUGGUUGGGCUCAAGACAAUAGGUUCAACUCGAGAGAACAACCAAAUUCUUAAAUAAACUCAUGAAAUAAGUGAAGACAUAUGAGAUAACAAAACUGCAAAUUAUUGUCUUUAGAUAGAACACCACUAUCCUUUAUUCAGUAUUCUUGUAUUUUUCAUUUCUGAUUAAUUUUCUUUUUUUGGUUGAUCAUAAUUUCAAAAUAUUGUGUUGGAGCAUUUUCCUAACACCAGAACAUAACAAUGUUACGAUAAUGUAUUAACAUCAUGUUCGUUCAGAAUUUAUUUAUGUCCUAGUAAUGUUUUAUAUGACAGUGGGCGGUGGCAUUUUGACGGGCACUAUCAAGUAGUGAUUUUGAGUACAAAUGUGGUUAGGCUGUAUGUACAUGUAAAAGAUGAUGAAAUGUCCUGUUUGAAUUAAUUUCAUAUGAUGUAAUCAGAGACGCAUUACUGCUGUGCUGUGUUGUUGCAAAUCUUUUAUAAUUGAAAGAGAAAACAAACUACUGUGUUUACUGAUAAACAUUGAUUUGUCUGAUGAUUUUUAAAUGUUUGUGUGCAACUGUGAAUAGGUCCUUAUUGUUAUCAAGGGAGUUGGUUCUUCGAUGAAUAUUGUUGCAUUUUUUUUAUAAUUAAUACUGAUUUGCUGCUUUUUACAAACCUCUUUCACAAAUGUGAUGUAGAUCAAAGUAAAUAAAAAGGCAACAAAG